AUGGACGGCCCCUUCAUCCCAGCAGACGCGCCCCGCGUCCCCGCCAUCCUCGACCGCCUCAUCCUUCACCUCCUCAUCGCGUCCGCUCUUAGCCGCUGGCUCUGGCCGGCGGGGGUCCUCCAGACGCAUGUCGCCCUGCUGAUCGUGUGUGUCGCCUGCGGGCUGGAGUGGCUGGUGCUGCGGGAGAGGAUGGCGAAUUGGGCCAGGAUUCCGCGCGCGGUUGGAGUCAAGCCAGACGAUCAAGCAAAGAAAGAAGAAGCUCUUCUUCAACCACCCGCAUAA